UGCUGGCUGGUUCCCAAGCGGAGCGCUGGAGGAGCGCCCGCCGGCAGAGAUCCCGGAGCCGGACCGCUGAGGAGAGAGGAAAACCUCGGAGCGGCCGGGAAGAGUAUUUCUGAGACCAGCAGCUCCGCAUUUCAGUUCAGUUCCUUAUGUCCUCCCCUGAAAUAGCUUCCCUCUCAUGGGGACAGAUGAAAGUACAAGGCUCUACCAAAACCUAUAAGGAUUGCAAAGUAUGGCCAGGUGGUAGCCGAGAUUGGGAUUGGAGAGAAACAGGAACUGAGCACUCUCCUGGUGUGCAGCCUGCAGAUGUAAAGGAAGUGGCUGAGAAGGGUGUACAGACCAUAGUGAUUGGCAGAGGGAUGAGUGAGGCCUUAAAGGUGCCCCCAUCCACUGUGGAAUACCUCGAGAAACAAGGCAUUGAUGUACGGGUCCUCCAGACAGAGCGGGCAGUGAAAGAGUAUAAUGCCUUGGCUGCCAAAGGGGUCAGGGUGGGAGGCGUCUUCCAUUCCACCUGCUGAUGAAGUCUUAAGAGAAUAAACCAUGAAG